GUGGAUUCUCAGUUCCCGGAUAAACAGAAUCUCACUCCCAAUUCUUCCCCAGACAAACGAAUCACAAGCUUGGCUGAUCAGGAUUGUUCUCAUUACCCAUUUUUCUUCCUUGCAGUGGAAUUUUGUGAAAAGCAGGGCAUUAUUCUUUGCAGUAUGAAUCAGAUUCAAGGUACCAGCUCUGUAUCUACGCCAGAUCUCCCUAUGAAGCGGAAACGCGGACGUCCACGUAAGGAUGAGAAUUUAGUUCAUGAGAGCAUGCCUGCAAUACCAGGACCUGAUAGUCUGAAGAAAAACAAGCAGAGUGCAGGUACUAAUGAUGAUGCUGAAGAUGAAAUGGUUGGUCGGAUGGUUUCUGGAGUUAUUGAAGGUUCAUUUGAUGCCGGCUAUCUUCUGAAUGUUAAGGUAGAAGACACUGACACUCAGCUGAGGGGUGUUGUGUUUUUACCUGGAAAAUUCACUCCAGUUACUGCAGAAAAUGACAUUGCUCCAAAUGUUAAGAUGUGCAAAAGAAAAGAAGUUCCAAUACCAGCUGUGAACGUGCAAUCUCAUAUAUAUGGUUCUGCCCACCCAUCAGAGCAAAGUAACAAGCAACCUGUUGAAGUCAAGAAGCAGAUACCUGCAGUUCCGGAUCAUGUUCCACCCCAUAUUCCUCAGUGUGGCAUCGUGGAGUCUUUUAAAAGUCAAUCUUUCUCUGGCAUCCCGGAAACUCUUAGAAGCCAAUGCAUCCAGAAGUCUUUUAGAAAUCAAUCUUUCUCUGGCAUCCCGGAGUCAUCAUCUUUCGUGAUUCCUCCUGUGGAUAAUUUACUGAAGAAUGAUGCCCCUGCCAUCGGAGGUAAAGCCAUGCCACAGCAACCUUUGGAGUCAGUACUUGAUAACCAAUCUACCUAUGUAAUGACAAAGUCCGAGAAUAAGGAUGUUGUUGGACAGGAAAAAGUGUUGGAGGAAGUUGAACCGGCCACAACAAUCACAGAGUCAACUGGUGUAGAGGGCAUUAAAGAAUCAAAGAUAGAAAAAUCAUCUGAAUCAAUUGGUGAGUUACCGAGCAUAGAAACAGUAUGUAAGGAUCCUCUACUUCAGCCUCAGGCUGUGGAUACUGAAAGCAGUGCAUUGGUUCGAGAAGAUAUCAAGAGCCUGAAUUUUGAACUCAAUCAUAAUCCUGUAUUUGCUGAAGCUGUUCCCGCAGUGGCUGUCAUACCGAGUGUUGAUAUUGUAUGCAAGGCUCUUCAAGUUCAAUCUCAGACUGUGGAUACUGAGAAGAGUCACUUGGUUGAUGAUGAGGUAAAGAGUGUGAACGUUGAAACUAAUCAAACUCCUGAAUUUGCUGAACCUGCAGCAAGUUCUGUUAUACUGGGAGCUGUGACUGUAUGUAAGGAUCCUCAAAUUCAAUCUGAGAGAGCUUUGGAUCAUGAUGUGGUAAAGAGCCUAGAUCUUGAAAUGAACCACACUCCUCCUCUUGUUCCGGAACCUGCAUUUGCUGUCUGUAAACCAGUUGAGAAUCUGAUGGAAGAAGACGCUGCGCCAAAACCAAGUCAGUUGUUAGGGGGAGAGACUGCUGCAUCUAUUGGAUCCAUUCCUUCAACCAUCGGUGAACCUCCUACUGGUGCUAUUGACAGUAUGGACUGUGAUAUUGCAGAUACUAUUCCACCCGCACAAUCUUAGAUCACUUCCAUAGCACCAAGCUAGUUGGGCCGUUUUUUGCAUUUCAGUCACAAUUUAUGCUUUUCGGAUGAUGAUGUUAAUGUUUUUCAGCUGUCUGAUGGUCAGGGCUCGAGCUUCUUUCGGAGAGCCAUCUUGCAGACAGUUGUGAAGUUUUGAGUCCAGUUUAGCUCUCCAAAUCAUGCAGACAAUUAGAAGUUUGAUGUCUUUCCUUUUCCCGCAUUUUGUUGGAACCCUCUAGAUUUACUCAUUUGAACUCUCUC